CCGCGCUCCCUCACGGGACUCCGCAUAGCGCGUGCGUCUGAGACGCUGCUUGCUUGCUGCUGCUUCGUCUUCUUCCUUCGGCAGCGGAAACAACAGCAGCGGGCAGAGAUGGAUGGAUGAAUAAAUACAGCAGACAGAUACCCAUAGAGUGACGGUGGUGGUGUCGAGCCCGAGCCAUGGCCCAAGGGAAACGCGGCGCCAGCUCAGCCGACGAGACCCCCAACACCAUCGUGUACAGGAAGAUGGAGGAGGUGGUGAGGAAGAUGCAGGAUGAGACGAGCGGAGUUCCCAUCCGCACAGUCAAGAGCUUCCUCUCCAAGAUCCCCAGCGUCGUCACCGGUGCGGACAUCGUGCAGUGGCUCAUGAGAAACCUCACCAUUGACGACCCAGCGGAAGCGCUGCACCUGGGCACGCUCGUGUCUGCUCACGGAUAUUUCUUCCCCAUCUCGGACCACGUGCUCACCCUGAAAGACGACAACACCUUCUACCGGUUCCAGACGCCCUACUUCUGGCCCUCCAACUGUUGGGAGCCGGAGAACAUCGACUACGCCGUGUACCUGUGCAAGAGGGCGAUGCAGAACAAGGCUCGUCUGGAGCUGGCCGACUACGAAGCCGAGAGUUUGGCGCGACUGCAGAGAGCCUUCGCUCGCAAGUGGGAGUUCAUAUUCAUGCAGGCCGAAGCACAGGCCAAGGUGGACAAGAAGAGGGACAAGGUGGAGAGGAAGAUCCUGGACAGUCAGGAGCGAGCCUUUUGGGACGUACAUCGCCCUGUGCCUGGCUGUGUGAACACCACCGAGGUGGACAUCAAGAAGUCGUGCCGCAUGCGCAACCCUCGCAAAACGCGGAAGUCUGUGUACAACCUGCAGAACGAUGCGCGGACACACAGCCCCGUGCGGUCCCCAUCACCAGGAGGGAAACCUCCCACGGAGGAUGAACUCAGGCAGCAGAUCAAGUACCUUUAUAUGCAACUGGACCGGCAUUGUUUGAAAAUGUCGAAGGUCACGGAAAGCCUCAUCAGCUACACGGAGCACUACGCGGAGUACGAUCCGCUCAUCGUGGCGCCGGAGUCGUCCAACCCCUGGGUGACCGACGAUACGGCGAUCUGGGACAACGACGGCAGCAAGGAGCCGAGCCAGCAGCGCGUGCGCCGGUGGGGCUUCUCCAUCGACGAGGUUCUCAAGGACCAGCUCGGCCGCGAGCAGUUCCUCACCUUCCUCAAGUCCGAGUUCAGCUCCGAGAACCUGCGGUUCUGGCUGGCCGUGCAGGAGGUGAAGCGGAGGGCGGUGCGCGAGGUGGCCCCCCGCGUGCAGGAGAUCUGGGGCGAGUUCCUGGCGCCCGGGGCCCCGAGCCCCAUCAACCUGGACUCACAGAGCUACGACCGCACCACGCAGAGCGUGCAGGACCCCGGCCGCUACACCUUCGAGGAGGCGCAGGAGCAGAUCUACAAGCUGAUGAAGUGCGACAGCUACGCACGGUUCCUGCGCUCCAACGCCUACCAGGAGCUGCUGCAGCCCAAGAAGAAGGCUAAAAUGCUGACCGCCAAGAGGCUCACGAGUCUAGUCCAGUCGUCCUAGGCCCCGAGGCCUGCUCGGGUCACCGAGCGCCGCCGACGUUCGUGGCAUCUGCAGAGUGGGCAAUUCUUUCUUUGUUUUUGUUGUUUCCGCCAUUCAAGUAACGAAACUCAACCUGGGGACCGUCGAUCGCUCGACGUCCGUUUCCGCUGGACUCGACGAUGUCUCCUCCUCCUCCUCUUCCGAUGUGAACAUUGACCUCGCCCGCCUUUGACCCUCGCCGACCUUUGACCCUCGGGACAAAAUGGGGAAGAGAGAGAGAGAGGGCAAGAAAAAAUCAUUUCUCGGCCCGCCGGUCGCGCGGCGUCUCUCAUGGUCGUCGCCGUCUCCGUCGUCUUCGCCAUCCUCGUCGUCACGGCAGCCGCCGCCCCUUCCCUACCGGGCCCCGCACUGACAGCGCCGCUCCUCCCACCCGCGCCGCUCCGCGCCCAGCGCGGCCGGCUCGCCCCAGCGGGGAUUCAGCUGGAAGGGCCGCGGCGGUUUUUCACCGCAGGGGACGCCCCCCCCCCCCACGCCACUCGCGAGUCGCGCGACUCACCCCUCGUGUUUUUCUCGCCCCGCCCCCCCCCCCCUGCCCUCUCUGCCCCCCCUGCGUUAAUCGCUCCCAGGGGGCUGCCCAAGCGUUCCGUGUGGGCGGGCGACCGAUUUUCGGAGUGCCCGCACCUCUACCCUUUUUGUACAGCUCCAUAGCGCACGUCUCCCCGGCACUCGCCGUUGCCGCCGCCACCGCCGCCGCCGCCGCCGCGCGUUCCCUCGUCGGUGUUGGCGAGCACGGUACGGCACGGCAGGCGGCCGAGGGCGUUCCAUCGUCUCGGCCCCGCUCACCGAUUUCCAACCGGCGGGAUCCCAGCCGCCGACCGUCUCGAGCAGCGGGUGGGCAACCCGUGGCUCUUUAAGGGACCGCCUCGUGACGUCGUUGAUGAAGGACCGCUGUGUCGUAUUCACCCGCAGUGCAUCGAGUUGUUUAUUUAUUUAUUACCUAAGUAAAAUAUGGCCCUCGUUGUUUUGGUUGCCGAGCCCCUGGUCUCUCUGGCUGCCAGGUCAAAUCCAGUCGGAGUCCGUUGUUCCACGUGAUUAUUGAUAUCAUCAUCACUAUUGUUGUUGUUGUUGUGAAUUUGUACGUCGUAAACAAACUCGCGUGGACGGGAGCCGCGCGUCUCGCCAACGUCCUGGCAGGGUCCACUCACACGGGGGGCUGGUGGAGAGGGGGGGCCGGGCGCGUCGGUGGUUCGGCUAAGAUUUGCCCCCUUUUGGUCUCAAGCUGGAUCCGUUGCGCGCAACCGACAUCUCCGCAACCGGUUGCGAGCCGUCGCCGCGGCCGGUCGCCCCCGCGGUCGAGAGACGCCGCCCGGCUUGUCGAGGCAGGCGGCCUGCCCGGAGAGGCGCGCGCGCCGGUUCGUGGCCAUCCCCGGACCGUACGCCGUCGCUUAGACGUUCCCCCGGGUCGCACGGCCGCUCGCCUCGGGCGAGGACAGAAACGGGGGGACGGCCACUCACGUGCGACAGUCACGUGCGAGCGCGAUGAUGAUUUCGAGAUUUGAGGAGCGAUGUUUUGGUUUCGUGGCUCGUCACUCGGGGUAUUGGUGCCCCUCCGCCCCCCACGCCCCCCACCCCCUGGAUAUUAGCCGCGCGUGGGUUGGCUUCAGGAAAUGGACCCGUGGGGGGGGGGGUAGGCUUCAGAAAGGGAGGGGGGCCCCCCCUCCACCCCCGAAGCCUCCGAUAAAAAAAGAUUUAGGCGUAAGCCCUGGUGCACAAACCUGGGGGGGGGGGGGUGGGUCGCACAAACCCAGAGCCAGAGGAUGGAGCUGCUGGGGCGAUUGACAAUCGUUUUCUCCCCCGGCCGUCGGCGAGCGCUUAAAAAGAAAGAAGCCAGAACGGCGGAGACCGCAGGCCGCACUGCCACCGCCGCUCACAGACCAUGCCGGGCCGAGUAGACCGAGCGUGCAGCGUGCACACACACACACACACGUGUGUGUGUACACACACACACGUGUGUGUGCACGCGUCUUGUCUAGCCAAGCGGCGGAUAUCGGAAGGUGCUCGCGUUUUAAAAAGGUCGUCCGCUCCCGUCGGUCUGUUCUCUAGAAGGCGCCACCACCCGCUACGAGAUUGUUCUGUUGGUCUGUUGUCCAUUUGCUGUUUGUUAGUAGAGGUAGGGCCUGCCGGUCGAGUGUCCCGUGCCAAACCGUCAAUUUGAAACCGUCGGCCCAGUCCGGCAGCAGCAGCAGCGCUGAAAUCCUUGCUCCGAUAGAAAAAAGAAUAAUUGAAAAAAAUGAAACCCGAUCCGUCGCACGUCGUUUGAUUUCGUUCGCCGAAUUCGUUCCCCGGCCGGCAAACUCACGGCGUUGGAGAGACUCGCCAGGCCACGCCGCCAGUGCGGGCAGCAAUGGAAAAACCCGUGCCGGAUUCCGAUGGCCGUGCACGGUAAGAGGUUCCUGCUUGGGUUCGUGGUCGUGGUGGUGGUGGUGGUGACGGUGGAUGUGGUGUGUCCUGUAGGCCCACGGGAGCACUGAGCACGCGUAUUCCGUCGCUGCGUCCGGCGGCGUUCUUCUUCAUCUUCUUUGUUUUUGCGCAAACCUUUGUGUUGUCAAAGUCUCCCCUUUGUGUGCACGGGGGUUGUUCUGCGGGCAUUCUUGGUGUCCCGCACCACACAAACUAACGCACCUCGGUGUAUAUUUUUUUCAGAGAGAGCCAUAGUAGCGCCGUUGUUUUUGAAGACGUUACUCACCGCAGAAAACCGUAGCGACACGACCGGCCGCCGCUCUACGAUAGCCAAAACUGUGCCACGCGCCCUCCCACAUGGCCUUGUGGGAGAGCCUCAGUACCGAUAAGGUUACUUUAUUUAAGUUUUUCUUUUUUUUCCGGUUCCGUUUUGAUGACGUACACAAUGUACGUCGUCGGAACCGGGAAGGGAUAAACUCACCCACCCCCGGCCCCACACACUUCUAGGAACAAAAUGUAUCUUUCUUUCUCGGCCACGUGACACGUUGCCGUGCAGCUUGUAGCGUCAGGAGGUUUGGCCUCCGGCCCCGGGCGUAGCUGUCGAGGUGAGCGCAGAUGGUGCAACUGCACCGGGCCCCACGGGCUAGAGGAGGCCCACGGACCGGAGGGGGCCCAGGGCCGGAGGGGGCCGAUAGGUUGGAGGGGCCCAAGGGCCAGAGGAGGCCCACAGCUUGGAGGGGGCCCAGGGAUCGGAGGGAGACCAGGGGCCGAAGCGGGCCCAGGCGACAGGCUCCAGAAGAGGGAAGACAUUCAGAGAGAAUUGUACCAGGGCACAAUGCCAACCGCGCUGCACCACGUUGAUAUUGCCGUGUCUGUCUCUCUCUGUCUAUGAAGAGUCUCUGUCUGCUAAGGACUGGCGUGACCGUGUAAGGGCUGCUGUGACACGCACAUAAGUGUGCGAGUGUGUGUGUGUGUGAUCGCUCGCUCGCGCGCGCGCGCUGGUGAGGAUGGUGAUGGUGAUUCGCGGAGCGUUCCACCAUUUGAUCAGGCGUUUGGACCUCUGGAGGUUUUACCAGCGAGGCCACGCCGGUGUUUUACUUGAGGCCAUUUAAGUGCCCCCCUCGUCCCCCCCCCCCACCCCCAAGUUUUCCGGGGAGUUAGGUUUAAGCGCCGCUUGUCGACGUCGCUCGCACCGCGGUGAAACGUCGCCAACCACCCAGAGUUCGAUUCGAACUCACGGCCAACAGUGGUGACGAUUAUCCGAACCGGUCCUGGGCCUCCUUUAGGUCGACUCAGCCUAAAAUGAAUGCCUGGUGCGUUGUGUAAACAUGGGCACGGGGGAGACAAAGGCGGCC